AUGGCCGACAACAACAUCGCAUCAUGCCCACUUUGUCCUUUCACAGACUCUGAUGCUGAUUUUGUCUCCCAACACAUCGAAUUCUGUCACCCGGAAAUUGGGGUAUCUGGUUUCUUGCAGGACCAGCUAGAACUCACUGGGCAAAACUCUGCUCCACUGCCAAAUGAGGAGUAUGGCGCAGACAAAUACGUUGACUGUCCACAUGGAUGUGGUGAGACAAUAGCAACUGCCGAGCUAUCGAGUCACUUAGAUCUGCAUGUUGCAGAGGAUGUUGCGUUGGAUGCUUUCGGGACAGCGCCGGCACGUUCAACUGCAGAACAAGAUGUCUAUGAUGAUGAUCGGUCCUUUGAUGAUGAAGACUCUCUUGACAUGCCCGACACUUAUAAAGGUGGCAAACGUGGGAUGCAACGAGAUUCCUCGCGAGCAAACACAGCUAAACCUCCUCGGCCUCACAGUCCCCCAAGGACAACCAAUGCGGAUGGCAUCAAACGAUUGGGGCGCUCCGAGUUGGGUCCCCAUGCCCACGAGAAAAAAAUGCCAUCAUGGCUAAAGAAGAUGUUGGAAAAAGGCGGCAGCACAUCAAAACAGACCCAAAUCACAUCAGACGGAAAACUUACACGACGCGAAACAGUGGAAAAUGAGACCGAUCAUGUAAUUCCUGCUCUUGUUCAACUGUGUGACCAGGACAAAUCCGUCCAGCGGGCAUUCUUUUGUAGCCCGAAAGUCCGCCAUAUUUGUAAGAUGCGUCAUGAAGGUGGGUUCUGUGGCUAUCGCAACAUUCAAAUGGUAGUCUCCUGGCUUCAAAAGUCUCGUGCAUUUGGCUAUGAGCACUUCCCACCCAAGGGACCAACUAUCCUUGAGCUGCAGGAUAUGAUUGAGUCGGCCUGGGAUAUGGGGUUCAAUAGUUCCGGAAGAGCAGAGACUGGCGGUAUUAAAGAUACGCGCAAAUUCAUUGGAACACCCGAGGCACAAGCACUUUUCAUGAGCCUCGGAAUCCCCUGCGAAGCCAGAAGCAUUUCUAGUCAAAGUGAUCUAAGGGCCUGUGAUGCACUUUACAUAGACAUCGCCAACUAUUUUAGAUCCGGAUGCUCGCUUGAAGACCAGGAGGCGAAGAUUCACCAAGGACACUCUAUGACAAUUGUCGGAUUCGAAAUUCGAGACAAUGGCAGCGCAAACCUGCUAGUAUUUGAUCCCAUGUUCAAGACUUCUCCUGCCAUGGAGCGUCUAAUUGCCGCUUCUGUCAAACCUUCUGAUCCCACUCGCCUUCUCAAAGCGUAUCGCAGGGGAACACCUUAUCUGCAAAAGUAUAAGAUAUUCGAGCUUCUUAAUUGUCAAAUUCAUGUACUAAUCAAGAGCAGACUAUGUAUAGCUAGCCCGAAACCUGAAAUGCGCACCUCUCCAAAUAUCAUUAUCACCGGCACUCCCGGCGUCGGAAAGACUGUCCACUGCGAACAACUCGCGCAGGAGAUCGGCUUGAAGCACCUGUCCAUCAACCAGAUCGCAAAAGAUCGCGGUUGCUUUGAUGAAUAUGAUGAGGAAUUGAAGACAUGGGUGGUCGAUGAAGACAAGCUCCUCGAUGCCCUCGAAGACGAGAUUCCUAACGGCGGAUACCUGAUCGAUUGGCACGCCUGCGACCUCUUCCCCAAGUCUUGGAUCGAUCUCGUCGUUGUUCUCCGCUGCCCCACUACAGAUGUUCUAUAUGACCGACUUUCCUCGCGGGGUUACCACGAGAAAAAGCUAGAAGAGAACCUCGAUGCGGAAAUCUUCGGUGUUCUGAUAGACGAAGCGCGGGAGGCCUUCGACGAAGAAAUCGUGGUGGAGUUGACUAGCGAGCAGGAUUCCGACGUCGACUCGAACUGCCAAAGAAUCUCGCAAUGGGUUGACUCCUGGAAGCAAACGCAUGUAGAGAAUGCGGAUUGA